UCGAACCCCGAGACCCGCCGGCGGGCUGCGGAGCCCACCGACCGCUAGUCAGCCGAGGUUCGGCGGCGCGGCCGGGCUCGCGCGCACCUGUGGCCGCCUCCAGCCUCCCCCGCCGACGCCCUCGGAGCCGCCGCGAGACCAGGAAUGGCCAGCCCGCCCAAGAGAAGCUGCCCGUCUCCCGCAGCCAGCUCUGAGGGGACGCGCAUCAAGAAAAUCUCUAUCGAAGGGAACAUCGCUGCAGGGAAGACAACAUUUGUAAAUAUCCUUAAGCAAGUCUGUGAGGAUUGGGAAGUGGUUCCUGAACCUGUCGCCAGAUGGUGCAAUGUUAAAAGUACUCAAGAUGAAUUUGAGAGGAAAAAACUCUAUAAAAUAACACAUUUUGGUAAAGAUGGGGCACAGUAUAUUUUUGCAUCUAAUUUGUAUGAAUCUGACUGCAUGAAUGAAACAGAGUGGACGGUUUAUCAAGACUGGCAUGAUUGGAUGAAUAACCAGUUUGGCCAGCGCCUUGAAUUGGAUGGAAUCAUUUAUCUUCGAGCCACUCCAGAGGAAAACCCACCUCCAAGCAGCGGAACAGCUGGAUCCACAGGACUCAGUGCACAGGUGGAAAAGGAAGGGCACCUUCCGAGCAGCCGUCUGGGCUCAUUCGUCUCCCAAGGAGGCGGGGAGGCCAGCGGGACACAAAGGAACAAGCACCUUUCUGUGUCUGGGAAGUGGCUGAUGUGA